CUCAAACCCACAUACGCCAUGUCGACUCCAGAAACAAUUCAGCAAAAGACCGUCCCGGACAAUAUCAAAUGCCAUCACUUUGCCAACGAUGCUGGACAGCAAAUAUUCCCUGGCCUAGGUAUGGAUCUUGACGCCUCGGAAUGCAAUCAAUACAAAUGCCCACAUCACCGGCUGGUGGACGUGGAUCCUACUGCCUGGACUGGAGCCCUUCUCGCAAUCCGCGAGCUUAACAUGAUGAUUGCCAUGCAGAAACUCAUGGAGAAGCCUGAAUGGUUUCGUAAGGUCUUCGACGACACCAUCUGCGACAAGUGGAUGGCUGAGCUCAUGAGCCAAGCGGAGGACUUCAGUGAGCUCAUGUGGCAGUAUUGCGUUGCCGAGCUUCGCGACAAGGCCAAAACACUGGAGAAGACAGGCAUUGUCGCAGCCAUCGACGUCGACGCACAGGUGGUCUAUUCGGACAAUACAAUCUCUCAAGAGUUGAGACAGGAACUCAAUCGAGCGGUCGCCUCACUGGAGAACGUGCCUGACAAAGACAAGGACUGGCAUCCCAGGACUCGGGAUAGAGUCCUCGAUCUUGUUCACCCUUCCCUCUUUCCUUUGAUCUAUGGACAUUCCAAGGUCUUGAAGGAAGGCGUGGUUGGGCUCGAAGACUGCACGUCUUAUUGCGGACAAGGGGAAGUCAUCGGGAAACCCAAAGUCUAUAGUGAUUACUACUCAGACGAGUUUCAAUGGCUGCCUUGCGACGUCAAAUUCGAAGGGGAGAACGAAGUGAAGAUCGUUAGCUACAUCAACAACCUGCAUCCUCGAGAACAUGCUGGGCUCUAUCAUCUAAUCGAAAAAGUCAUCGCAAAAGCGGUACCUCUAUGGGACCAACUACUCAGCCACACUGGUGGCUCACUUUCUGCCAACAAUGGCACUUUAAGAAGCCGUGAUUAUGUCAGGCCAUUUCAUCCUCGUAUCGGGAUCAACGACUUCCACUUCGAGUGGGUCCAUGGCAGAGAUGAGCGACCGGGAGGUUGGACCCUGGGCAGACAUCCAGAGACUGAAGAAGAGAAAGCAGAGCUCAAAGCAUUAUCGGAUGCCGCGGGUGCCCUUGAAUAUAAUUGGUCGGGCAUUAGCCACAAGAUCGACAAAGAACAAAAAGGCAUCGACAGUGACGACAGCUAUGAGUUAGACGAGUGGUGGAGGGAUAACAUGCGUACAUUGCACUUUCCUGAACCAAACCCCUACAAACCUCGCGAAGUUUUAGAAGAACCACCGCUUGACCUUCGCAAAGAGUACGCCGAUAGCGGAUUGCAGAUCAUCGUCAAGCUGGCGAAUACCUACUUGACGCCUGAUGAUCCAGUAUGGGAAGGAGGUAGCUGGCACGUCGAAGGUCUCUUGAAUGAACACAUCGUCGCGACAGCCAGCUAUUAUUUCUCAAACGACAACAUCACACCCUCCCAUCUGAAAUUCCGCCACAACUGCAACGAAGAAGCUCAUCUGGACUUGAAGUACGAACAAGGCGAUUGGGACCAUCUCGAGAAGAUCACGGGCUUCAAGAAUGACGAAGAUGUCCUUAUUCAGGAUCUCGGCAGUGUACUGUGUAAACAAGGCCGUCUACUGGCUUUUCCAAACGUUUUGCAGCAUAACGUCGGUUCAUUCCAACUCGAAGACAACACACGGCCCGGUGAGAGAAAGAUUCUAGCACUCUUUCUGGUGGACCCACAUGUACGCAUCUUGUCCACGUCAAAGGUUCCCCCACAGCAAAAACAUUGGUGGGCAAGCGAACUUCGUGAGCAGCGCGAACACAUCGACAAACUCAAGACGCUGCCAAACGAAUUGAUGGAAAAGGUCUUUGGAGAUGUCACAGACUUUCCCAUCUCCAUGGACGCGGCCAAGGGGUUUAGGGAGGAGUUGAUGGAGGAGCGUGGUCCGCUUGCUGAGUCCAUGGUUGGUUGUGAGGCCACCUUUUACUUUUGUGAGCAUUGA